CGGCUUCGGAAUUGCCCCGCAAAAUAAGCAAACAUGGCGACUCCUAUGUUCUCUCCGUCCUCCACCCGCCCGUCAGUCUAUCCAGGCGGAACAAACAACUACCUGCUUGCCAUGCUGCGUGACAACUUCCAAAUUUCGACUUGGAUGCUCAUGGGCGCUGCCCUUGUCGGGACUUCCUUCUUCCUCGUCGGGAGUUGGGCGUUCUAUGGCGUGAUCGCUGUUUACACUUGGCUUGCCGGGCAGCUGUUGUACUCCGUGGUAAUGGCGCUCGGUUGGAUACCGAAUGUAUGGUUGAAAGACGUCAUACCUGAGAAGUUCACCGCACAGUUGCCACCUCAGGACCCCGAGGAUAAUGGACCAAGCAGCAGCGGACUGUGCGUUUUCCUUCUGGGAUCCAGGUUCAACCACCCGCUUGGUCUGCUCGCGCCGGGUGUGAAGGAGAUCAGCGACUGGGCUGAGAAGUGUUAUGUCGAAUGUCGUGACAACGAGGAGUACGGGCUACUUGGAAUGUCCCAUUUCCUCGGAACUGAGCGGUCAGCUAACAAUACAAUUGCGACGCUGAUGUAUUUCCGCACGACGGCAGGACUCCACAAGUUCGCGCUCUCGCAAGUGCAUCGGGACACGUGGAGCUGGUGGCUUGAGAUCCAGAAGAAGUACCCCCACUUGGCGAUUAUGCACGAGACAUACGACGUGCUUCCCAAGCACUGGGAGAGCGUAUAUGUGCAUAUGCACAAGGCUGGGCUCAGCGGUGCGAGUGUGAAGCUUGACGACAAGGACAGCGAGGGUAAGGCGCUGUGGUGGAGCACCCCGGUGCAGGCAAACCGCGGGAAGUUCAGGAGCAGCAAAGGACGGUUGGGAUGGUCGGAAGGGGACGACAACGAGAAGGUUGGGUUUAUGGAGUAUCACUAGUUCACGGUUAAGCCAAGUGGAUAGGAAGUCCAGCACACAGAGAGCCAGUCGUCUGUUUCGCGCCACGUCUUGGGAUGUUGCGGUUUCCAAAAUAGCCUUGUUUUCGUUCAUGAGCUAGUCUGUAUUUUCAAUAUGAUGAAUCAAUUUGAACGAACUGGUAAACGAC